UGCAGCUCCUCGUCAUUGGAAGACUGGGCUAGGAAAGGUACCUAGGAAAGCAGAUCAGCCAACCAGCCGACGUCAGAGCUUCACGAGCAUGACCCCACCAUCUCUUUUUACCCCUCUACCCCUCCAUUCCACCAUCCCCAAGAGAACUUGGUCAGGCCAUCGUCACGCUGCGGUUUUUACCUGCUCGUCCUAGCAAUCCUCGACAAAAUAGUGCGGAUUCUGGCCUCCAUCUUCAGACCAAACACGUCCUUUUCUCGUCAAUUGCUCAGCAGGACAGUCAAAAUGUCUCUGGCCAACAAGCUCUCCAUCGAGAACGUCGACCUCAAGGGCAAGCGCGUCCUUAUUCGGGUCGACUUCAAUGUCCCCCUCGAUGCGGACAAGAAGGUUACGAACCCCCAACGCAUCGUCGGUGCUGUCCCGACCAUCAAGUAUGCCAUUGAAAAUGGUGCCAAGUCGGUCAUUCUCAUGUCCCACCUGGGCCGCCCGGACGGCAGGGCCAACCCCAAAUACUCUUUGAAGCCCGUCGUACCUGAGCUCGAGAAGCUCUUGGGCAAGAGUGUAACGUUCGCUCCGGAUUGUGUAGGCCCCGAGGUUGAGGAAAUCGUUAACAAGGCGGACAACGGCGACGUUGUGCUCCUCGAGAACUUACGGUUCCACAUCGAGGAGGAAGGGAAGGGCGUCGACGCAGAAGGCAACAAGAUCAAGGCGGAUAAGGCUAAAGUGGACGAGUUCCGCAAAGGACUCACUAAGCUCGGCGACGUUUACAUCAACGAUGCCUUUGGAACCGCGCACCGCGCCCACUCCUCCAUGGUGGGCGUCGACCUUCCGCAGAAGGCGGCGGGCUUCCUCAUGAAGAAGGAGCUCGACUACUUCGCGCAGGCACUCGAAUCGCCGAUGCGGCCAUUCCUGGCUAUCCUGGGCGGCGCCAAGGUGUCGGACAAGAUCCAGCUGAUCGAUAACCUGCUGGACAAGGUUAACACGCUCGUCAUCUGCGGCGGUAUGGCCUUCACCUUCAAAAAGACGCUCUACAACAUCCCGAUCGGCAACUCGCUGUUUGACGAAGCCGGCUCCAAGACGGUGGGUAAUCUGAUGGAGAAGGCCAAGAAGAACAACGUCAAGGUCGUCCUGCCGGUCGACUACAUUACGGCGGACAAGUUCGACAAGGACGCCAACGUCGGCAAGGCCACGGACGCCGAGGGCAUUCCCGACGGCUGGAUGGGUCUCGAUUGCGGCGAGGAGUCGGUCAAAUUGUACAAGCAGGCCAUUGACGAGGCCCAGACCAUCCUCUGGAACGGUCCUGCCGGUGUGUUCGAGUUUGACAAGUUCGCCUCGGGCACCAAGGCCACGCUCGAUGCGGCGGUUGCUGCGGCUGGAAACGGCAAGAUUGUCAUCAUUGGCGGCGGCGACACGGCCACUGUUGCUGCCAAGUAUGGUGUCGAGGACAAGCUCAGCCACGUGUCCACCGGCGGCGGUGCCAGUCUGGAGCUGCUUGAGGGCAAGGAACUUCCCGGCGUUGUCGCACUCAGCCAGCGCCCGUAA